UGCAGGAUGAAUAAUGGGCCUGUUGUAGGGUAUGAAGAGGAUGUUGGGAGGAGGACGACUUUCCGCCUUUCUUACCCGGAAUCCAUCUUCUCAGAUCCCAUCCACUACGACCCUAAUACAACUGUUGUUCUCAUCGUCUUCAAACCACGUGACUUGAAGUGGCUCUGGGAGAUACUAGGUGGUCAGAAAAUAAGUGCUAAAGGCUUUUGGAAGAAACCAGCCCUGAACAUGAUAUACAAAUCCAGUCAAAUCAGGAUUCUUGAUCCUAGCAUCACCAGAAAAACGGCUUAUGAAUGGCUUCGUUUCCCAACAAGGUUUCCGAAAAAGGAGAAACCCAAGCAUCCAACAACAGGGCUAAUAGCCAUUACGCUCGCAUUUCACAUAUGCCAUGAAGUUCACCUGGCAGGCUUCAAGUACGACUUCACUGACAGAAACAGUUCUUUGCACUACUAUGGCAACGACACGAUGUCUCAGAUGAUGCAGAAUGAAUACCACAACAUCAACGCUGAGCAGAAAUUUUUGAAGAAGCUUAUAGACAAGAACUUUGUGGUCAAUUUGACGUGAAAGCUGAGUGUAAAAUAUGAAGAACAAUCACUAUUUUCAAGAUUUGAAGAUUUUUUAUUUUUUGUAUGACAUUUUUAUUUUUCAAGUGCAGCAUAACUGUUUACUGUUUAAAAGGAGCACAGAAACCUCACCAAGGCAGAAGCUUCUUCAAAGCCAGAGCGUAAUAGACUGUUGCAAACAGUUGACUGAAUUUCUGUGAAGCUAUUUAAUAAUGGGAAAACCGUGAAACUUUCAGCUGAAAGUAUCAGGGAUAUAUAAAAAUGUGAGACACAUCACUUAUUUAUCAGCAAGAACUCUUUCCAAAUGAUUACUUCUCUGGAAUACUUUUGUUCUGAUGUUGUCCUCCAAAAGAAUUACACUGUCAAGAGACUGAGACAACCAGUGUUUAAUUAGUAGAUGGAUGUUAAGUCCUGAAUGUCUGUCUCGUAGAAUGAAAAUGGCUUUAAACCGAUGCCUAUAAAUAUUACUGCGUGUUUGGGAGAAGGGGGAACGUACAGAGUGUACAGGUUUUAGUCUGCCCUACUGAGGAGGGGAUGGCCAUCUUCAGGCAAGAAGCCACGGCUUCUGCACUGGCAUUGACUCUGA